AAAAGCAGCACACCCUAAUUCCAUAUGAAAAUUGAAUGCGUUCAAUGUUCAUAUCUACAAUUUUAUGGGAGGGUGGAUGCUUGACAUUUUCACUGCACGAAAAAAUAUAAUGUUUUUUGUGUUGUUGUUGUUGGUUUAUACGUUUUUGCAUCAGUGACAAUGUUGCAAAUUUUUAUAAAUUUAUAAAUAAACUGUGAACAUAGAGUGGACGGAGCCUGAAUGGAAUGAGCCAAAUUUAAUUCCGAAAUCAGCGAUUCGAACAUAAUCGAACGAAGCGGCUUUUAUAAAGUUAAAAAUGGAAAAACAUUUCGUAUUUUCGAUCUCAAUAAUCCUAGUCACAAUCACAUCAAUCGCAUCCGGUUCACGAGUAUUGGAGCUGAGCGAUCGAUUUUUAGAAGUGAAACAUGAGGGCCAAUGGUUUAUCAUGUUUUAUGCCCCGUGGUGUGCACACUGUAAGCGUACCGAACCGAUUUGGGGCCACGUAGCUCAAUCGUUAGCCAAUACGAAUGUACGAGUGGGCCGCAUUGAUGUUUCCCGUUUUACAGCAGUUGGACAACAUUUUAAGAUCAAUUCUUACCCGACGAUCAUGUUUAUCAAGGGACAUCAAGAGUUCAUUUACAAUGGCGAUCGUACCAAAGACGAACUAAUUCCAUUCGCAACGCGAAUGUCCAAUCCACCCAUACAGCAAGUGGCCCGGGUCGAAAGUAUCGACAUGCUGAAAACGAACAAUGGAAUUUUCUUUACGUUUGUCGGAAAGCAGGACGGAGUUUUGUGGGACGCAUACCAUUCGGUUGCCGAACACUUUCAACCGCACGGAUUCUUCUACGCAACAUCCGGUGAGAUUGCUGAAAAGCAUUUCGACGUCGACACGGUACCAUCGAUACUGGUUUACAAGGAGAAAUCGCACUACUACUUUCCGCUCUCGAAUAAUUUCAACGAAGUGGAGGUGUCGCAUCUGAACGAGUCACUACACAAGUGGGUUAACGAAGAACGAUUUUUGCUGUUCCCUAAGAUUACUCGAGCCAACAUUCAUCAAUUGUUGCUGACGAAAAAAUAUUUAGUUCUGGCAGUGGUCGAAGAGAACAAACUGUACGAGAUUGCAAGUCACGAACUGGAGUUUCGCGAUUUGAUUGAGUCGAUCUGCCGGAAACAUCAUUCCAAAUAUCAUUCCCGAUUCCAAUUCGGAUGGAUUGGCAGUCCGGAUAUUGCCCAUUCAAUUGUUAUGGACAGUUUGCCCACACCGCAUCUACUCGUUUUGAACGCUACCACCUCCGAACACCAUAUACCCGACGACGAUCCGAUGCAAUUGACGGCCGAUGCGAUUCAUUUGUUUUUGGAGAGCAUACACCAGCAGAAAGCCACGGCCUACGGUGGCAAUUCGUUCAGCGUUCGCCUGUAUCGCAGCUAUUUUGAAGCGAAGCGUUCGCUGAAUGAUAUGUGGCGCGGAAAUCCUGUCCUUACAUCCGUAAUAUUCGGUCUUCCACUGGGUUUUUUGUCAUUGAUCAUGUACUCCAUUUGCUGUGCGGAUAUUCUGGACGCAGACGAAGAUGACGAGGACGGUCACGAGAAACGCGAAUAAAUCGUAUUUUAGCCGAAAAUUGUUUAUCGGCUUUUCGAGUUGGGUGUGUUUGUCUAAUUUUCAAACAAUUAAUUUAUUUCAAAGAUUAGAAAGAGAAAUCGGAUACAAACGAGAGUAAUGAGUGUUCCGACCGAGCCGCAAGAGACUGUAUAAACCAAACAAAAAUGAUCUGCUCCAAAUAAAUACAAAUUCUGUGAACUAA